GGCAAAAUUGAUAUCAAAUAAGGGCAUCAAACUGAGAUCUGAGAGUUCCGUUUAAGUUGUUGCUCAUUUUUAUUAGCCCCACUGGGGUGAAAACCUUAUAACUUAAAUUUAUCCUCCAGCCAAGAACCAUAUUUUGAUUAAUUUAAAUUUUUCUCUUCAAAAAGACUGAUUUAAUGCUAAACAGUGGAUAUAAACGAAGAGGUUUCUUUAUUCUCUUUUUAUUUUGCCAUUGACAAAUCAGACUUUAGCUCAGUUAGAUAAAAGGGACACGUUCUGUUGCUUGGAUGGGAGGCCUUUAAUGAGGAUGGGAGCCCCCGGGGAGCUGAAAUCGGUGCUGCUUUCAGGGUUUCUUGCCAUUUCUUCAGUCAUUCUGUCUCCCUUUCCAGUGGGCCUAGGGUGUGGGAACUAUCCAAGGUGCUAGGAUGCUGGCAGCUUUGCCGUUCAAUGCAGGCGGAUUGCAGAAGCAGAGGAGAGAGAUUACUGCUUAUUUCAGAAGAACAUGAUCAAAUGAGGUACCUUAGCCAGCUUGGUGACUGCUUCGGGUCUUGUAAUCAUCUGUGUAGCAAAGUGGGUAAAAUCAUUCAAUUUUUUCCCUGCUGGACCUGGAAGGAGAGGGGCUGUGCGCUCAUCCCCACCCAUUAGCUAUGCCCUCUUUUCUCCGAAUGUCGAUUUAAGGAAGCAAGCAGCUGUCUUCUGCCACUGCAUCUUCCUAGCAAACUUUAAAGGGCAUUUUAUCUGAUAGAAAGAACAUCGAAAAUGCUCUGGUCUCUAGUGAUGAAGAAUCUUGGAUUCAACACUUUUCCCAUCCAGAUAUAAUGCACUUUAAUUGAAGAAAAGCUGAACUGACCUACAAGUCUGUUUCUUAUGGUGCUGGAUUACUCCUACCGAACUGCCCCGAGACCAGCCCUGAGAGAGGGCUCUGACAGACCCAAGUCACCUCCUGACUAUUGCACUUAGCUUUCCCUGGGGACUUAAUUUUUGGACGCAUCCCGUUUCCAUGAUACCCUCCAAGAUGAUGAGUGCUAAUCCCGAAGAAGACCCUUUGGACACUUUUCUCCAGUAUAUUGAGGACAUGGGGAUGAAGGCAUAUGACGGUCUGGUUAUUCAAAACGCAUCCGACAUUGCUCGCGAGAAUGAUCGCUUGAGAAAUGAAACAAAUCUGGCUUACCUGAAAGAGAAGAAUGAGAAACGGCGAAGACAGGAAGAAACAAUCAAACGCAUAGGGGGAGAAGUAGGGCGAAGCCAGGACACCAGCUACGCAGGCAAGCACUUCCGCAUGGGGUUCAUGACGAUGCCUGCCCCUCAGGACAGACUCCCGCAUCCCUGCUCCAGUGGAUUCACCGUGAGGUCUCAGUCCCUGCACUCCGUCGGGGGCACUGAGGAUGACAGCAGCUGUGGAUCCCGGAGACAACCACCCCCCAAGCCCAAGCGAGACCCCAGCACCAAACUUAGCACCUCCUCCGAGACGGUCAACAGCACUGCAGCCAGUAAAAGUGGGAGACCUCUGGAGAGGGCGGAAGGUAAACUCACGGUGCCCACUUCCCAGUCAUCUCCAAGGGCUUCAGCUUCUGGGAACCUGUUUCCUUCUGCUGGGUCCCAGGAAAGAAACAUCAAGGUGUCUGCCAAGCCAAGACCCCACAGUGACGAAUACUCGAAGAAAAUCCCCCCUCCAAAACCAAAACGGAACCCUAACACUCAGCUUAGCACGUCAUUCGAUGAAACCUACAUCAAAAAGCAUGUGCCAAGGAGAACCUCGCUCCCAAGAGAUUCAUCCCUGUCCCAGGUCUGCAGCCCCGCAGCAGACCCCGAGGAAGAGGAGCCUGUGUACAUCGAGAUGGUGGGUAACAUUCUUAGAGACUUCAGGAAGGAGGAGGAUGACCAGAGUGAGGCUGUGUACGAGGAGAUGAAAUACCCCAUUUUCGACGACCUAGGCCAUGACUCCAAAUGUGACUUUGAUCAUCACAGUUGUUCUUCGCAGUGUGCUACUCCCACGGUGCCUGACCUGGACUUCAUCAAGUCUUCAGGACCAUGUACUCCGAAGGGUCUGCUUUGUGAGAUACCCCCACCCUUCCCCAACUUGCUUUCUCACAGACCACCCCUGCUGGUGUUCCCGCCAGCCCCAGUACACUGCUCCCCCAAUUCCGAUGAGUCUCCGCUGACCCCUCUGGAAGUCACAAAGCUUCCUGUGUUGGAAAACGUGUCUUACAUGAAACAGCCACCUGGAGCAUGUCCAUCCUCCCUGCCAUCACACACCUCCAGCCACGCUAAAGACCAGAGCGGAGCCCUAGGCCCUGCGCCUGCGUCCUCUGUGCUCUCUUCAUCCCCUCCACCUCCAUCCACUUUGUACAGAACCCAAUCUCCUCAUGGCUAUCCAAAAAGUCAUUCCACCUCUCCAUCCCCCGUCAGCAUGGGGAGGUCCCUGACGCCCUUGAGUCUCAAGAGGCCUCCCCCCUACGAUGCUGUGCAUUCCGGCAGCCUCUCAAGAAGUUCUCCCUCAGUGCCUCACUCGACCCCCAGACCCGUGUCGCAAGAUGGGGCCAAGAUGGUCAAUGCCGCGGUGAAUACUUACAGCGCUGCUGUGCAGAGUGGUUCCAGGUCCCGGACACCCACCAGUCCCUUGGAGGAGCUCACCAGCCUUUUUACCUCAGGGCGGAGCCUGCUGAGGAAGUCAUCCAGCGGCCGAAGGUCCAAAGAGCCUGCAGAGAAAUCCACUGAGGAGCUGAAAGUCCGAAGCCACAGCACGGAGCCAUUACCAAAGUUGGACAGCAAAGAGAGAGGUCAUCACGGAGGAGCAGCUUCCUCCAGAGAGCCAAUGAAAGCUCAAGAAUGGGACGGAACCCCAGGUCCACCUGUGGUCACCAGCAGAAUGGGCCGAUGCUCUGUAAGCCCCACCUUGUUGGCAGGAAACCACAGUUCAGAACCUAAAGUAAGCUGCAAGCUAGGCCGGUCUGCAUCCACAUCAGGAGUUCCUCCUCCUUCAGUUGCUCCUCUCAGACAAGCCAGUGACCUACCCCAGAGCCAGGUGGCAUGCAUGCAGUGGUUUCAUGGAGACCAUACAAUGCUUGAGAUGAUUGAGAAAAAGCGUUGCUUGUGCAAAGAAAUAAAGGCUAGACAGAAAACGGAAAAGGGCCUUUGCAAACAGGAUAGCAUGCCAAUCCUACCCAGCUGGAAGAAGAGCGCAGGAACAAAGAAGUACAGCCCUCCUCCCUAUUCUAAACAGCAAACGGUAUUCUGGGAUACUGCCAUCUGAGUGUGUACUGGCGUGAGCUCCACAUUGCAUAAUACAAGAGAGGUUGACUUGGUCUUGUGAUAAUUAAUUGUUACAAAUAUUCUUUGUUGGUGUGGAAUACCACAGGAAUCUGCGGGUACUGUGGCAAGUCCAAGAUAAAACAUGGUUGUCCUUGCAAUUAAGGCACACUCUCUUAUUGUGGAUUAUUUUGAAUCCAGAAUAUAUCAAAUUGUAAAUAUUUUGCUAGUUUAUGGGUGACACCUGAAAUAAUUAUUCAUUAUACAUAUUUAAGUUGGAGAAAUAUCAGAAAACUUUACUAGAUGAUAUAAUUUGGUAUUAACUGGUUUGUUAUCUCUUUUAUAUGUAAUCUCUGAAUGCCUUUUCUUAUUAAUUUUUGCAUUAAAAUGUCUUUGUCCUCCUGCCCACAUUUGGCUUCUGUAGAAGAGCUCACAGGUAUAAGUCCUAUUUAAGCACACAAUAUGUGAUCUGGUGCUAGCAACACAGAAGUUGAAUAUCGUAUUUGUAAAGAUUGUCUGCUGCUUUCUAUGUUUGUAGGGGAUUGAUGAGAAAUGAGUGGAAGUAUGACAUUGGUCUGAAUGUCCAUGUUACACUGACAUUGACAGUCUUUGCUACAGUGGCUUCCUAAGGAUUUCUUUUCUAUCCUGGGCACUACACUGAGUACCAGUUAGUCAGACCACAGAGAAAGGUAGGAGGGUAUGUUGAGACAUUCCAGCAGCAAACUUUCUUUCAAAAAUGACUUUUAGGGAUGUGGUCCUUGCAGCAUUGACUUGAUUGGAGGAGACCAGGGUUCACUGUGACAUUGGAAGGAAAGAAGAAUCAAAUCCUUAAGAGCAUGGUGGUUUUCAAGACAGUGGAAGCAGAGGCACGAUAGACAUGAUACUUUUAUAUAACACCUCAUGGGCAUGAUUUUCCCACAAUAAUUAGAGAAAUGGAUAUUCAACUAUACCAAUUUGGAUAUUUUAGUAUACUCCAUGCCUACCUUCCUCAAAAUUUAAGUCCAUUCAUGGAAAAGUAUUUCUUGCCAAUUUUUUAAAUCUAGUCAUUACAUUUUUGGGUCAUAAUCUUCUGUUCACAAUUAUCGUACCUGUUCUACUGAUUAUGACACCACGACCAAAGAAUUAUGACCACUUCUUUAUUUUAUUUUGUUUUAAGGAAGAAACAGGAAAUGCAGGGGAGAAACAAUAAGGCGGACUCAACUUUAUGAGGUAGUCAAAUUUAAGUGAAGAAAUUUAAGUUAAGAAAAAUGGUAUAUAUCUUUAAAAGUAACUUGUUAGUUGAAAAUGAAUAUUGCCACGGAUAAAUAAAAAGGAAACUAUGACAUAUAUUUUGUAUAUUUAAAUUACUAUUUAUGCUUCCUAAAAUUGACAGUAUGUGGUUCUUCAUUAACAAUCAAUUUAGUAUUAUAUUUCUGAGAGGAAAAAUUGUGUUUGACGUUAUUAUCAAAGCAGUUUUUCUUGUAAGGGUAUUGACAGCAAUAGUCCCAUGCUGCUCAAUAAAACCAAAUAUAAGAGAAGUUAAGGAAUUUUUGUAAUCUAUAUUGAUAAAAAAAAUCUAGUAAUUCUUUAUCAGUAAUAGUUCCUUGAAGAGAGUUUGAAAUGUUAUAACAUAAUUUUUUAAUGUUUUAUAAUUAAUGUAUAUUUUGAUGUCCAAUUAUAAUUCUGAAAGAAUAAGGAAAACGGUAAGUGGGAGCGUGUGUUGUGUGAGUGUGUGUGUGUGUGAACAAUCAGUGGGAAAACUGUAUAUAUAAAAUGCUUACUGAAGUUGUAAGUUCUGCUUGUACAACUAACUAAGAUGGUGACAAAGGCAACAUCAGAAAUAGGGAUACCACAGAGAGAUCUUAAGUAGCAUAAACGAAUGCUGUGGCUGUGUUUUCCUAGCUAUGUAGAUUUAUAAUUCAAGCCCAACAAUCAAUACGGCACAGACAGAAGAGUGAUGAAAAUGUUUUAAGAUAAAAUCGUAAUUGAAAUCAAAUGUGGUUUUUGGUUCAACUUGUUAUCUUGACUUAAGUUAUUAUGAUCUCAUAUAUUCAAGCCAAUCAAUCAAACACAAAGCACCAUUUGUUGGCAUCUCUGUGAUCUUAAUGCUUGUGCAUUCUGGCUAUUACAGUAAAGAUGAGUCCUCUCUUGACAUGUAAGUGUAGGUAAUAUAUUUCUAAAUGUGUUUUUUCAUCUGCCGAUCUUACACAUAUCACUCUGAAUUAGGCAGAAGAUAAUUUUUAAUGUUGGUCACUUGUCCGAAAGGAAACAGAGGUACUAAAAUGAUUUGUGUUGGAUUCAGCCAUUCAUGGAUGUUCUCUUAAGUUCAUGCCAUGGCCACAUAUCACAUACUCCUCUUUCAAAUGUGUUAUUUUUGGAGGAGUUAGCUGUUUGGAAAAUUUGAACUUAGGUAACCAUUUCCAUUUAUUUCUCCAAAGCUCUCUCUACAAGAGAAAGAAUUGAAAUAUCUGGAAAAAAUGGCUUCACUUGGAUUUGACUCCAGAUUUAUUCCUCUGUGCCUAGACAAUAUAUAUUGUCUAGGCACAAUAUAAUAUUGUCUGAUGUGGCAAUUAGCUAUUCUAUAGUCAACUUCCUCUUUGUAUAGAGUUCCUCUUUGUUGUGAGAAAAGAGUCAUUAGUACACAGAGAAAAUCAUGCUGACUCUUUGGUGGCAAUAAAUCAGGCAGAAUCUGGUCAGAAGAUAAUCUGCAGCCAGCACAUGAUAUCAUGAUAAAGCUCAUAUUUCUAGCAAUGCCAAAGAACAAAUCAUAUAAAGGCAUGUUAUCAGGCCAAGAGAACUCAUACUUAUGACAAAUAGUCUUUUCACAGCAAAUGUUGUAGAAACAGAAUUUUAUUGGCUGUCAGCAAGAUGCUUUUAUGUGUGAAAUACUUCUUAGUAGAGAAGACAUGAAUUUCCUUAGAAAUGAUGGAAGGAAAGAGUAAAAUACUGUGUUUUCCCCAUCAUAGAAGCCAGCACUAUGUGAGAAAUCACACUUUACAGAGACAUUGCCGAUAUCUCCCUCUAUAUGCUAUUGAAGCAAGUUUGGGAUAAAAAAUGAUUUGUGCAAAUAAGGGUGACUUUUCAGCCAUAUAGUAAUUGAGAAAGAAAAGCAAACUUCAAGAGGUAAAAUUUGUUAUUUUAUAAAGCAUACACCUUUGGAUACAAAAUAAUUGUUUGGACAUAAGAUCACUUUUCAAAAUAAUAGUUUUGAACCGUUGACAAUCAACAAGAUUUGGUUUGAACAGUUCUAGAAGACAGAGAUAGUGACACAUGUGUAGUCUUGUCUACACCCAGAAUUUGGUUUGAUUCUUUUGCACAAGUUAAUAGAAAGUCAACACAGAUGAACAGUCCCAGCUAGUUACUGUUUUAAUAAAGACACCAGAAGAAUGCACCUACACAUACAUUUUUGUAUCACUUUCAUGUUAGACUCAGUCAGAUUCUCAUUAUAGAUCCUGUAAAUUAAUCAUGUUUCCAGUUGAAAUGAAAGCAAAUAUUCAUACAAUUUAUGGAGUAUGUAAUUUGAGGGGUUGUAAGUCUCACUUGAAAAGGAAUGUAGAUAGGAUAGACUAUGAUCCCCUCAUAGAUUGUAUCCUAAAUUUAAAAGGAAACAAGAGAGAAAUGACAUGUACAGUGCAUAGGGAUAUUUACAAUAUCUUCCUGGUUUGGAAUAAUAACUAGCUAAUUGCAGAAUGUGGACAAUUUGUUAGUAAUCCAUUAUUUCUUUAGAAGUUCAUUGUAUCAUUUUCUUAGACAGUAUAGAAGCACUUUGAAUUGAACACUGAAAUAGAUGUGGUUUUUGCAAUUAAGGAACUCAAUCAUGAAAACAUUAAUAUUUUCAAAAUAAAAAGCCAAUUGUUUCCAAGAGUAUACAUAAUUUCAUAUGUUUGGCAGUUUUUAAGUGCUUACAUGCAACAUUCUUGUUGUUUUCUGGUCAAGUGUACAGUCAAAAUAAAAGGUGAAAAUAUACUAAAUUUAUGUCUAAGUAUAGCAUAUAUGUAUGUGUAAGCUUCUACCUGUACAUUACAAUAUGUACUGCUAUCUGUGUAAAUCAGUAAAAGAUAACACUGUUUUAUCAUAUUAAAUGUAAACAUUGUGGCUUGAGGUUUGGAUGGUUUAAAGCCCUCUCAUAUUUGGGUCAAUUUUAUUGGAACAAAAUGUGUAUAAUCUGGAAAAAUAUCUGGUUACAUUUACUUUUAUUAUUAUGAAGCUUCAAAUUUAAGGAAAAACAUUUUAAAAAAUACUGUUGAAUUUAUCUCAAAUAAACAUAUAUGAAUAUUCCUUCAAAGUAUUCAUUUGCUCCCAAAUAUAACUGGGUUUGCCCACCCUAAAUGCAUUUAUAUUUAAACAUGUACACACUCAGAUACAGAAUGCAUACUGUAUAUAAUAUAUAUGACAAUGUUUAGUAUGCACUUCUUUUGUUUGGACUUCUUAACAUUUAUAGUGUAGCAAUUUGUGUAAAGUGCACUGUGAUUAUAAGAAGAAUCAAAGCACAGUACAGUCACACCUUUGUUAUCUUGCACUAAAAGUGUGUUUACGUAUUUAGCAACUGUAUGUUUACUUUCUUGACUUUUCAAACAUUUGGAACAAAUAGCUAUGAAAAAUGAUAUAAACUAAUCUGUUUUCUAGUGGAUAAUUACACUACAUUUUUAAAAGACAGGGUUUUUAAAGAAAACCAUUUAACAUCCAUUCCAACAUUAAGAUGUUUACCAUAUCUGAAAAUCUGAAUGUCAUAUUGCAUUUUUCAUAACUCAUUAGCAAUGUCAGGUAUGUGCCUGAAUAUUUGUGCAAAUAAGCAUUAGAUAACAGAUUUCUCUAUUCAUGUAUUCCUAGGCAUUUCUAUAUACAUAAUAAUAUAAACACUGAUGUUUUAAUGUCUCUUAAUUUUUGUACUUGAUUUUUUUAGUAAUAUGUAAUUAUAUAUGUACUUUGAUACUACUGAAGUAACCAGAUGUUGUUUGAAAACAAAUUGAUUUCUCUCUAGUGCAUUGACAAUAUUUUAUGAUAUUUUGUGCUUAUUUAUUUGUGCUCCCGUGUAAUUAUAAUAAAA